AUGCGCACGCAUAUACUCUACGCCCUUCUCGCUCCCGUCUCUCUCGCCAUACAUACCCUCCAUUCCGCUGACUUUAAUAUCGCUGUCGACGACACAACCGGCGCUGUCCUCUCCAUCUCCUACCCCAACGACAAUGUCAGCAUGAACUGGAUCAGCGGACCCCGCAACGCACCCUGGCAACCACAAGGCAGCCGCUGGGGACUGGGAUACGCGGACGUGACGACAACGUACCAUGCCGAAACGUUGAAGUUGACCGUCACGAGGGAGGUCAAGCACUCCGGUUCGUUUGAAGAAUGUUACGCGUUCACUAAUGCCGGCGACGAAGCCCUCAAACUCAACGCUGCCGGGACAAACUCGUUUGCCAUCUAUGCGCCGUUUAACGAUCACUAUACCAACACGACGGAUGUCCUAGAGCAUCGCGCACACGCGCACAUCUGGGUCUCCGGGGGCAGUUCGUCAUGGGUGAAGAUGACGAGGAUGGGGUUACUGGGACCACAUUUGGGUCUUGUGCUGACGGAAGGGAAUUUGGCUGGAUAUAGUGUUGAAUCGAGGAAUACGAUCACGUCCUAG